UGUCACGCUGCUUUCACUGGCAGGCCUGGAAGGUGGGAAAUGCCAUAACGCAGCUGUUUAUUACGGGACAUGUACUGUUCAGACAUACGCACAGAUAAACAAAAGGCACUAGAUUAGACUAUUCUUACAAAGAGCAUUAUUAAAGCUGGAAAAUGUUGCUUUUAAAAAAGAGGCAGACGGAAUGACAGAGAAAAUAAUGAGGUCUCUGUAUUACUUAUUUGCUACGAAAAUAUGUACUGUAAAACAAAACAACAAUAACACAAAACAUAUUUAGACGGAGCUAUUUUUUUUUUAUCACAGACAUGGAAUCUUCUUCUUCUUUUAUUUAAUAAAUGGGUUGUUAAAGUGGUUUUAACGUUUCCAUAGAACUUUAACGGUUACAGCUGGCGACGCUGUAACCAUGGAAACGGUGGUCUUGCUUAAAGCGAAGCGAAAUGUCGAUGCAGGAAGAAAUCUUCAGCUGUGUUCAGUCCGGAGACCUGGAGGCUUUGAAGCAGCUUCUCGAAGGUGUGGAGGAAUCAGAAGAGUCUCUGGAACAGAAGCUGUUCACUCGGAGGGACGAAGUGGGCAGAAACGUCCUGAUGAUCGCCACCAUGUUGGGACGGAGCGACACCGUCCGGGAGCUGGUCGGACACGGAGCCCCGGUGAACGAGCAGACCGUCAGAGGUUAUUCGGCGCUGCAUCUCGCUGCCUGUUGGGGCCACGAGGACACAAUGAGGACUCUGCUGGAGCUGGGAGCUGACCUCCAGGCUGAGACCUUCAGAGGAGAGAGACCUGUAGACCUGUCCAGGACCUACUCCAGGACAGACUGUACCGAGCGUCUCAUCCUGGCUGAAGCUAAACAGGACCUGAUGUCGUACAUACACCGUGUUAAAGAAACGAUCGCCGACUCAGAGAAGAAACUGACCAAGGAGGAAAAGAACAUCUGUACUCGUGUUUUCUCUGCAAAGUCAGACUGGAUUCAGAACGUCAAAAACCCGACAGUUUCAGACUUCACAGCCCAAAGGCAGAACUUUGAGGAAGCUCUUCAGCCCGUUCUCAACAAGCUGUCAGCUCUCUCAGCUGAGACGCCCGUCAAGCCGGCAGGAAAGAUCUAAAGCAGAGGAAGAUCUGUGCAAUUCCCAUCAUCUGCCUGCUGCAAUAGACCCACAGUACACAGACUGAACCAUCAUGCACACUGAUGUUUUAUUGGAAAUUCAUAGCAGAAGCAGGAUGAACGACUCACAGAGCAGCUGUACACCGAC